CAGACAUGCUUUUUUUAAUUGUCAGCAUAUCUAAAAAACAAGGACAUAUUAACUUUAUCAGUGUUUUAGUUAAGGCAGUGGAAACCCUUGUUCAAACAAGUGACUGAGGUUGAUUGUGUUUUGCUGUGGAAUGGGAAAGCCAUAGAGAUAUGAGAGCGAUAGUAGUGUUCGUUGAGAGUAUAAAAGAGUCCAGCAGCCUAUGGAGCGAUGUACAGAGUAACCAUGGGCAAACUACUCAUCUGCAUCGGUAAGUGGAAUUACUUUUAGGCUAAUUUAGCUUAUAACUGCACUAAUGCUCUUUCUAUCUUUCAAAGAUUUUAUUUUAAUUUUCAUUGUAAUGGCAAUUACCAACAUUCAAACAUACAAGGCUCUGUACUACAGCUUUGGCUCCCUGUGGAGAGAAUAGGCCACUGACGAAUGUCCUCUAGCUAUGCAUUUUGUCAAUGCUACUGUGGUCAAUGUUUCUAAGGACUGAGGUUGCCAGCCCCAUGACCAGCCUAUAUUCAUGUCUGAGGGAAGGAACUGCACUUUAUAUAAUUAUCAUUACAGUUCUAAGUAAUGCUGACUUUUUUCAAGUUUGAUGUAACAUAAACUCUCUCUCUUUCUCUUUCUCUUCCUCCCUUCUUUAUUUCUGUCUCUCUCUUCCCCUCUUUCUCUCUCUCUAGGACUGGCUCUCCUGCUGCAUGUGCAGCUAGGUAUGUUUUAAGUACAUUUACUUUACAUGUAGCCAAUCAGAGAACAAUAACUCGACUUACAGAGCAUGACAACCAUGACUCUAAAACUGCCUCUCCUAACUCUACCAUUACUACUACCGUUCCAUAGGGUCCUCCUACAUCCUCUCCUGUUAUUUCACUAACUGGGGCCAGUACCGGCCAGGAGCAGGCAAGUAUUUCCCCACCAACGUGGACCCCUGUCUCUGUGACCAUCUGAUCUAUGCCUUUGCCGGCAUGGCCAACAACGAGAUCAAGACCUACGAAUGGGACGAUGAGAAACUCUAUGGACAGUUCCAGGCUCUCAAGAACCAGUGAGAGAGAGAGAGACACACACACACAAACACAUGCACAAACACACACUCAAGCAGGCAUGCACACAUGCACAUACACAUGCAUGCAUGAAGGGACGCACACAAAUACACAAAUGCAGGCAAACACAUUCUCAUUCAGGCAUGUUCACACCACAGGAGUUUGGUGGCACUUUAAUUGGGGAGGGCGUGCUCUUGGUAAUGGCUGGAGCGGAAUUAGUGGAAUGUUAUCAAAUAUAUGAAACACAUGGUUUCCAUGUGUUUGAUGCCAUUCCAUUUGCUCCAUUCCAGACAUUAUUAUGAGCUGUCCUCCCCUCAGCAGCCUCUGGUGGUACACACACAUGCACACAUAAGCCAGGACUAACCCUAAAUCUUGUAUUUGCUAACAGGAACAGCAACCUGAAGACUCUGUUGGCCAUUGGAGGAUGGAAUUUUGGCACUCAGCCGUAAGUGGAGAUACACACACACAAGUGCACACACACAUGCCCACACAUACCCUGUGUCUGAGCCGUGUGUGUGUACACAGGUUCACAGCGAUGGUGUCCAGUGCAGCCAACCGCCAGACGUUCAUCAACAGCGUGAUCAAGUUCCUGAGGCAGUACCAGUUUGACGGCCUGGACAUUGACUGGGAGUAUCCCGGAUCCAGAGGAUCCCCGCCCGCAGACAAGGCCAGAUUCACCACCCUGCUGCAGGUUAGACUCAAACACCCAUACACACAAACACACACGUGAAUGAACAAACACGGAUGAACACACAUUAAUAAACACACACACACACACACACACAGAUGAACACACGCACAUACAGAUACACAAAUGAACAUACGGACAAGAAUGAACACAUGAAGACCAAAAUGAACACACACAACCCUCUGUGCGCGGUCUCCUUCUAGGAGCUGAUGGCUGCCUUUGAUGCUGAAGGAAAGAACACCAACCGUCCUCGUCUGAUGCUGACUGCAGCUGUGGCUGCUGGAAAGGGAACCAUUGACACUGGAUACCAGAUCGCCGAGAUUGGAUCGUCAGUACACACACACUGGGCAUCAUUCAUAUAUUAGUUCUUAUGAAGAUUGUGUACACAAAAACAUGCAUGAUCUAUCAAAUACUUAUUGGCAUAUUGGAAACUCUCUCUCUGCCCCUCCCUUCCUCUCUCUCACUCCCUCUCAGGGUGUUGGACUACCUGCAUGUGAUGACCUAUGACUUACAUGGAGCUUGGGAACACAGCACUGGAGAAAACAGCCCUCUCUACAAAGGACCAGCUGAUCAGGGAGACUACAUUUACUUCAAUGUGGUGAGUCUCUCUCUCUCUUUCUCUAUCUCUGCCUGUCUCUUCCUCUAUCUCUUCCUCUGCUUAUCUAUCUGUCUCUUCCUGCCUAUUUAGUUUUCAGUUGAGAAUGAGUAGCACAUAUUUAAGUGAUAAUGCCCUCGAAGCCGGUGUUUGAAGGAUAUAUUGGCAUGGGUGUUGCCAAUAAAUCCUCCAAACACCGGCUUCGAGGGCAUUAUCACUUUUAUACAACGGGUUACCAACAUAUUCAAAUAAUGAUUUACAUAUUUUUUAUAGAAAACAUUAUUUUGAUUAAUUUAUUCAUACUAUUUGAUCCUUCCACAAGAUAUAGUCCCGACACAAAUCUAGGGUUGCUAGAGAUGCGACCCAGUCGUUCAGUGUUUUUAUUCUGUAUCUAUGGACGUGACACAAUCAUUUGUUCUAAAUGUUCCAUUGCCAUACUGGCUGGCAACGUUCUGAUCCCUUGCUUGCUAGCUAGCCAACUACAGCUAAUUUACAGUCACGUCAAACAGUGCAGCCAGACCAACACAAAGUAUUGCAUUUGCAUUUGUUUAAGCUGUUUUCUAGUGACAUUUAUUUGGAUACAUCCAUAACAAUGAGCUAAUGAGGUGUGAUUUCGCCUGGCAUAGAAAAUGUGCUCACUCGUCAGGACACUGAUGUUCAGAGGAGCUAGCCAACAACACAGCUACAGUAACACAAUCACUUCAAUCUGAAGCUGGAAAGACUGCAAAUUAGCUGUGUGUCGUUUAACCUUUUUUCAAUUGACAUUUUUUUUAUAUAUUCAUAAAAAUGAUGCCACCUGAUUCAUGAUUUCGACUGGCUGAGAAACGCUGCCUGCCUGUCUCGUCCCAACUCCUGACACAUUCAUUACUAUGGGACAGCAGGAGAUCGAAUUUGAAUAUUGAAACAAUGUUGUAGAUGUCGGAGAGACAGACAGCAAGGUUUAUAUGAAUCUCCGCUGUUGAAAAGGAAAUGCUACUCUAAAAGAAAUGACUACAUGCUUUUUAUAGUGGAGAUCAAAUGUAUAAGUUGGCUGGCUGGGCUGAUGAGACAGUGGAUUGCGCAGUCAGAUGGAACAGAGUAAAUAGACAUUUUAACAUCAUAGAUUUAGCCGGUGGCAACUUGUGAAAUAGACACCGGCUGGAAUGCGGUUUUAACUAAUUAGCAUUCAGGAUUAGACCCACCAGUUAUAUAAAUCUUAAUAAUUUUUCUCUCUCCAGUGUUCUCACUACCACAUACUGUGUGUGUUCUCAGGACUAUGCUAUGAAGUACUGGAAGAGCAAUGGUGCCCCCGCUGAGAAGCUCCUGGUUGGAUUCCCCACCUACGGCCACACCUUCCAGCUGGCCAGUGGCUCUAACACUGGAGUGGGCGCUCCCGCCACCGGCCCCGGCCCCGCCGGACCAUUCACCAGGCAGUCUGGCUUCCUGGCCUACUACGAGGUAACUGACAGGAUUAGGAUAGGUCUGAAAUUACACCCUAUUAAAUUCCCUACACAGUGCGCUACUUGUUUGCUCUGGUCAAAGGUAGUGUCCUAUAUGGGGAACAGGGUGUCAAUUUGGAUGCAAAUCCAGUGUAUGUUUUUGAGUGAUUACAUCUACAGCUUCCUGAAUCAUGCAACUCCCAACCCUAACAUAAGUGUGUGUGUGUCAUUAGAUCUGCACCUUCCUGAAGCAGGGAGCUACCCAGGCCUGGGACUCUACCCAGAUGGUGCCCUACGCCUACAACCAGCAGAACCUGUGGGUCGGAUAUGACAACGUCAAGAGCUUCCAGGACAAGGUCUGUGUUUGUGUGGGUGUGUGUCUGUUGGGGGAAAGAUAUGACUAGGGGGUAAUGGAGUAGCAUCCUACUCUGUUUCAAUAAGCCUAAUAAUAUAUGGAAUUAAGCAGAAGCUUUUAUCUACAUGAUUUACAGUAGUGAGUGCAAGCCUUUCUUAUGGGUGACCACAGCGGGAAUCAAAUCCACGAUCCUGGCAUUGCAUGCGCCAUUCCCUGCCAACUGAGCAACAUGGAACAAAUGAUAACACUCUAUCACCAACACAAAUGUGUCCAAUUUCACCCCCUUAAGUAAACCUUCCACUCCCCUACAGAUCGAGUGGCUGAAGAACACUGGCUACGGAGGAGCCAUGGUGUGGAGUCUGGAUCUGGAUGACUUCUCUGGAACCUUCUGUGGACAGGGCAGAUACCCGCUGAUCAACACUAUCAAGUCUGGACUGGGAACUGGAGCCGGUGAGAGACACAGACACAAACGCAAGCCUGCAUGCACACACAAACGUUCAACAACAACCCUCUCCAACACUCUCUCAAAUAGUAGUAGAAAUGUAGUUGAAAAGAUCUCAACCCACUUUUUCUUCUAUCUCCCCCCCCCACUCCUAUGUCUUCCGUCUCUCCCAGGUUGUGCAGCCCGUAGUAACCCCAUCGCCCCAGUGACUCCUACCCAGCACCCACUCAACCCCCCACAGCCCAGCGGUCAAGGUGGCAGCAGCGGGGGUGGCAGCAGUAGCGGUGGCAGUAGUAGCAAUGGAUCUGGCUUCUGCGCCGGGAAGGCUGACGGCAUAUACCCUGACCCCACCAAUAACAACCACUUCUACAACUGUAGCAAGGGCGUGACCUACGACGAGCAAUGUCCUGCCGGCCUGGUGUUUGACACCAGCUGCAAGUGCUGCAACUGGGCCUAAGAAACCAUGCAUCCCCCCGAUUAAUGAAGGAGCUGGGUCUAAAGGUUGUGUGGUUGUUAGGGCCACUGUUGUCAUGGCCUAUUUUAACAUCAGCUCCAUGUAACAUGUCAAAUCCACUCCAAUAAACUUCCA